AUGUUGUUAUCCACUGCUACGAGGGUACUAACCAUUGUGACCAGCAGUGCGGCACAGUCGUUUCAGUUGAAGAACUCAACUCAACCAACUGAACCAAAGAAUGCGACUUUAUAUAGUCCUCUUUUUGAGAAAUACUCAAAUUCCACUCCAAGGUUUCAUAACGUGAGCCAGGUCAACUCCAACUCUCUUUACGUAGCGCUGGCAGGCAAGACUACCGAUAUCACGAUCCUUGAGAAGCGUCAGUCAGGCGAUAAUGGUCUCCCAGUGGGUAUGUGUGCCCCUGGUGCACCUUGUGUCAACGGUGCCUGCUGUGGCCAGUCCGGCGUGUGUGGGUUCUCUCCAGACGAGUGUGGCCCGGGCAAUUGCUUGUCCAACUGUAAGGCAAAAGCCGAAUGCGGACAAUAUGCUCUGGAAGAUAAAGCUAAAUGCUCGUUGAAUGUCUGCUGUAGUCAAUUUGGCUACUGUGGAACUACAGAUGAAUUCUGCGGGAAAGGAUGUCAAUCCGGAUUUGGUGGGUGCGGGAAAGCCACAGAACCAUUGUGCAGCGGCACCACUGUGAAAAGGCAUAUCGGCUACUAUGAAAGCUGGUCUUCAACGCGGAAAUGCGACAAGCGGUUGCCUAAGGAUCUAGAUCUGACUGGAUUCACACAUAUGAACUUUGCGUUUGCAUUUUUCAAUCCCACCACAUUCGAAAUGAUGCCCAUGGAUGCCGGUGAUCCAACUCUCUACACAGAGUUCACAAACCUGAAAGAGUCCUACCCCGGACUUCAGACUUGGAUUUCCAUCGGUGGAUGGAGCUUUAACGAUGCAACUAAUAAUCCAAACACUCAGACGGCGUUCAGCGACAUGGCUUCCACCGCAGCCAACAGGAAAAAGUUCAUCAAUUCCCUCACCAAUUUAUGCAAAGUUUCGGGUUUGAUGGUAUGCGCCGAUAUUGAUUGGGAGUACCCUGGAGCACCAGACCGCGGAGGCAAGGAUGUAGAUAUCGAGAACUUCGUUACGCUUUUGAAGGAGUUGCGAGCUGCUUGGGGAACCAAGUACGGCCUAUCUGCCACAUUGCCAAGCAGCUAUUGGUAUCUGCGCUGGUUCGACCUCAAAGGACUCGAAAAGUAUCUCGACUGGCUCAACAUGAUGAGCUACGAUAUUCAUGGCGUCUGGGAUUCGACAAACAAAUUCACAGGGCCGUUCCUCAGGCCCCAUACCAACCUCACGGAAAUUCAACUAGGACUGGACCUACUCUGGCGUAAUAAUAUCUCCCCUGCCAAAUGGGGCGGUAGCCCUGGAUCAUGCACAAACUCGGCGGGCACUCUCUCAAACGCAGAAAUCUUCAAAAUUCUGGGCAGUACUGGCGCAAAGCCUUCUUUCGACAAAGAAGCUGCAGUCAAAUGGAUCACCUGGAAUUCAAACCAGUGGGCCAGCUAUGAUGACGGCGAAACGACGCAGAUGAAGAUCAGAGCGGCGAAUAAAUGGUGUCUCGGAGGAACUAUGGUCUGGGCCGUGGACCAGGAUGACAAAGAGAAUUCAAGCACAAAUGAUUACCUGGGCAUUGGCAAAGCCAACGGUGUUUCCAGUAGUAGGGCUCUCGAGCUCAAGAACAAUCGCAGGCUUGCACAGACCGAAGCCACCAACAUUAAUUCCUGCUAUUGGACGUUCUGUGGCGGCAAGUGCGUUGAUGGCUACUUUGAGGAGACAUAUUCAGAUGGCCAGGUAAAUGGAGUGAGUUCAAACACAGUCUGCGAAGAUGGCAAGGUGCAAACUUUGUGCUGCGCCUCGGGAACCACCAUGGGAACCUGCUCAUGGAAUGGUUGGAACGGCGUCGGGCUAUCUUGUGGAGGAAGUUGCGAUUUCGCAGCAACGAACAAUAAGAAGCGUGCUCUAGACUCCGGAUUGGACUUGUCCGGUCCAGUUGCAAUUGCUUUCAAUACAAACAGCCUUGGCCGCAAAGGACAGAUUACUUGGACUAUGAUUGCAAUGACUUACUGCUGCGACGGGUUCAAGUCGUCUCCGAAAGGGUCAGUAUCUACUCUCGAUCUCAUCGGUACGGAUGGAAAGGAGACCAACGGAGGCAAACUCGAUGUUGGCAAAUUCGCGGGACUGACAGCAGCUUGCACAGCUGGUGCUACUGCUGCUGCGACUGCUGCUGGUACGGCUGCUGCUAUUUUCUCUUUUGGUCUAGGAUUUCUCCCCGCUUUCACGGCUACCUUCGCCGCUGUCUUCUCUGUGUGUGAGAUCAAGGCAAAGGAGGCGGCAACGAUGCAUGCAGUUGGAGUCGUGGCCGGAGUCCGCACUGGGCGAAUUCAAAAGCCUCAGAACCCUCGACCUAAGCCAUCUAAGCCCAAGCCUCCCGCUCAAGCACCAAAGCAGAAACUCUUUGGUCAGUGGUUGAGUCUGAGCUACGACAAGGCUACAGAUACCGAUUGUGUAGUUACAUACACUUGUAGAUACGGUCGAGGGCACGAUGAGAUUUGCGACAAUCAGUCUUGGGGAAUCUUCGAAGCAAACGCUGGAAGAACCGUCUACCACUAUGACGCACGUGGACCAGAUAAUGAAUAUGCCAAGGCUGAUUGGGCAAGCGUACACCGGAGACCAUCAUAUCGAUCACAGGCCCAGGCGGGAAAUCCUGCUCGUUGUCAAGUUGAUGAGUUUCCAAUGGGCAGUCUGUGGGAGGGCCGCGCCGGACUUCACAAUCAAGUGUGUCGUCUGGUGAAUGGAAAUGCAAACAGGCUCCAAGGAACAGAUUGGAUGCAAUUCUUGUACGCGCAAUGGCGGCCUUGCUCCUCUUUGAGGUCUGCGCUAGGUAAAGGCGACCCGCCCGUCACUUGGGAGUUUGAUCACCAGCCCAAUGAUCCCCGUCUCGUUGCCAACAUCUUCUAUCCUCAUUUUAUUCAGAGAUAUGGUUUUGAUAGUCAAACUCCUGGAGCAGAAUGCUGGGCUACAUACAACGACCCCAAUAGCGGUAACAAUCCCACUGCGGUCUUAGAUCAUGGCUUCAGAGCACUUCCAAAUGACCCCAUGUUUCGUAGAUAUAAUUGGCCACGACAAAACUACAACAUCGAUCCCGCUCAGCUGGUGCAAAACAACCAACAGCUUCCACAGGACGUUGCCAGCGCAAAUUGGCUCAAGCGUUCAAACAUCAGGAGCGUGUUGGAGAAUCGUAUGCCAGCUGAGUCUGCAGACUCUGCUGAACAACCGGGGGAUGUUGAUUGCAACAAAUGCAAAAUAGUCAUCGACGAAGAGAACAAAUUGGUAUAUGAGAAGAGGCCCAUUCCUGAGGUCCCGGUGACUGAAAGUGUUGUUGAGGCUACCUCUACUGCUGACUUGGGUAAGGCUAGGACUGGGCAGACUAUGAUAUCAGCCCCGGCUCAGACUGGUGUGCCCAAAUAUCGUCAGUACGUAAGGCAUCAAGACUUUCAUAACCAAAGGAGGGAGCUCUAG